AAGCUUCUCUAAUCUCCGGCCCCACACCCAUGGCCGCUUACGUCGUAUUACUGGGUUUGUCGUUCUCCUUCCUACAAAUGCCAGGUACGAACCUUCAAUUUCCUUUUCAUCUGACCUCCGUGAGUGUGAGGAAGAUAAGAGAUAGAGAGCGAUGGAGAUGAACGGCGACCACCACUGGAACUUCCAAAGCAAUGAACACCUCAACAAAUCCUCCAUAUCAGUCCGUGGCACUCUUAAUUUGAUUUGUAGCCAUCUCAAUACUGAUGAUCCUCGCCCCAUCGUUGCUUUUGGCCGUGCCGACCCUUCUGCUUACCCCAGCUUUCGGACUUCUCCAUUAAUCGUUGAAUCCCUUGUUAGUGCGGUUCAAUCCUAUCAAUUCAACUCUUAUCCUUCCACGCACGGUGUUCUUUCCGCCAGGAGGGCCUUGGCAGAAUAUUUUUCCAACAGUCUUCCAUACCAGUUAUCCCCUGAUGAAGUAUUUCUCACUAUUGGUUGCACACAAGCCAUUGAAAUCGUAAUAUCUGUGCUAGCCCGCCCUGGUGCCAACAUCUUGCUUCCUAGACCGGCUUUCCCGCAGUACGAAAGUCGAGCAGCUUUUGGACGCCUUGAAGUUCGGAAUUUUGAUCUCAUACCAGAGAAAGGUUGGGAGGUUGACCUUAACGCUGUGGAAGCUCUUGCAGAUAACAAUACUGUUGCUAUAGUUAUUAUCAACCCUAACAACCCCUGCGGCAGUGUCUAUACGUACCAGCAUCUGAAAGAGAUUGCGGAAACUGCGAGGAAACUUGGGAUUUUUGUGAUAUCUGAUGAAGUUUAUGCACAUAUGGCUUUUGGCAAUAAGCCCUUUGUGCCAAUGGGAGUGUUUGGAUCCAUUGCUCCAGUGCUAACCCUUGGAUCUCUAUCAAAGAAAUGGUCUGUUCCAGGAUGGAGAUUGGGUUGGAUUUUAAUCACUGAUCCAAAUGGCAUCCUGGAAAAACAUGGGAUUAUAGAGAACAUUAAGAACUAUCUGGACAUUACACCCGAUCCCCCAAGCUGCGUUCAGGGUGCAAUUCCACAAAUUCUUGCAAAAACCAGCGAUGAAUUUGUUUCAGGUCUCCUUGAUUUACUGAGAAUAAAUGCAGAUAUUUUGUAUGAGAAGAUCAAUGAGAUCCCUUGUUUGACUUGCCCAAACAAACCAGAAGGAGCAAUGCUUGCAAUGGUGAAGCUGAAUCUAGAACAACUUGAAGGCAUAAGUGAUGAUGUGGACUUCUGCAGCAAGCUGGUCAAGGAAGAAUCUGUGCUCGUUCUCCCUGGUGUUGCCGUUGGGAUGAAGAAUUGGCUGCGAUUUAGCUUUGGAAUGGAGCGUAGUUCCAUUGAAGAUGGUGUGGCAAGGUUGAAAGCCUUCUACCAAAGGCAUGCAAAAGCCAACAACCAUAUACCCUCAUCAUAAGUUUAGGUUGCUGCUGAUCGUUUAUUAUCUUCAAUGCAUUGACAACUUCUUGUUGAUUAUGACCUCUUUCAAUCAAUAUAAAAUAAAUCAAACUACAUCUUGUAAAUUUGAUAUGAUAGAUGAUGUGGCAUCUUUGUUGGGAGGUUCUCUAAAACAUUCUCAUUGAGUCGUUUUGGUUGAUUUUUAUGAUGAAUAUUGAGGUUUUGUUUUUCUCUAA